UUAGCGGACGGUACAUGAUAUUUUAGGCUAGGCAGGUGGCCUGCUGCAGCCUACCUAGCUAUCAUGCAUGUUCUCUCAAUCAGCUCCUAACUAACUACAGAUGCAUGGAUCGAGACACAUAUAAAUAGAGACGAUGUACAUGGUGGUUGCUGAACUCAUUUCUACUUUGUGUGUGUGCGAUCGAUCGCGUACGUGCCGUGAAGAACGAAGAGGAUCGUCGGAGCGAGGAUCGAGGAAGAAGAAGAAGAACAAUUGAUUGGCAAGAUGCACCGCAGAGGGAGCAGCCGCUGCAGUUCCACCAGCACCAGCACCAGUUGGGACGGCGACAUGAAGCUGCUAACAAGAAAGAAGAAGGAGAAGCCCAACACGGGAGAGGAGGGAUUGGGAAGCCGACGGAAGGAGAGGGAGAACAGGGUUCAGCUGCAGGCUGAGGCUGAGGCUGAGGAGGAAGAAGAAGACGCUGCGGCGCCACGACGACGGCUGCGGCGGUCGGUGUCCAUGGGGAGCCGGCUGGCGAGCGCGGCGAGGGAGCAGAGGGCUCGCCUCUACAUCAUGCGCCGCUGCGUCUCCAUGCUCGUGCGCUGGAAGCACGACUAGCUAGCUAGGACCAGCCGAUCCAUCCACACAAGCCAUCCUCCUCUCUUCAUCUCAUCUCUCCAGUCUUCACCAUAUAUGCGUGCUUCCUUUUUAUUUAUUUAUUUACUAGAUGAGUGCCCGUGCGUUGCAACGGGAACGUAUAAUAAUACAACAACUUAUGUACAAAUGUGUGUUAUAUUGUUAUGAGAAAAUGUUUCGUAAUUCAUUGUGAUCCUACCCAUAUAUAAAUUUUGUUAUUUUAAUCUA